AUGGGGGUCUCGAAGAAGUCGCAGGCGGACAGCAACUCCUCGGAAUCGGAAAUCAAGAAGUGGGUCGUCUCCGGCGUUGUGGUCAAGGCGAUGAAGCCGAUAAACACGAGGGGGGCGGCGAGGUCGUCGAGGGACGGCGGCGAGGGCGACGACGCGGACGCGGCGCGCUCGACGACCCCGACCUUCAAGGAGGCGAGGAUACCGGAGAAGCUGCCGUGCCCGCCCGCGCCCCGGAAGAGGAGGCCGCCUCCCUCGAGCUGUCACAUGCUGAGCGGCGUGCGGGAGUUCUUCAACCCGCCGGAUUUGGAAGCCGUGUUCAAGCGCCAUGUGGAGAGAGCCAAGUGA